AUGAAGGCAAGGGUAGUCGGGGUGGCAGCGGUAGAGGCGGUGGUGGAGGCGGUGGAGGCGUUGGAGGUGGCGGUGGUGGAGGAGGGAGUGGUGGUGGGAGUGGAGGAGUUGGUGGCGGCGGUGGUGGCGGCAGUGGGAGUGGUGGCGGCGGCAGUGGUGAUGGCAGUGGGAGUGGUGGCAGCGGCAGUGGUGGCGGUCGGGGUGGACCCUGUCAUAGGGGAGUUUCUGGCUGUGGUCAGAGGCAGCAUCAGUAGCGUCAGCGGGAGACCCCUACGCCCCAGAAGCUUCGUGAGUAGCUUGCUUAGUAUGGGUGCUGAGGGUGACUGUUACCUGUGUAUGCCGCCCGACCCAGGUAUAGGGGCUGCUUCUCUAGGUGCUAGUGAGUCUACUCUCCCUGGUAUUGCACUUGCUUAG